CUUCCUCCUCACAACCAUAUACCUAUGACCAAUACCACUCGUUUCCCUAAGCUUAUUGCUUUCGAUCUAGACUAUACUCUGUGGGAUUUGUGGAUCGAUACCCACGUCGAUGGCCCUUUGAAGAGGAACAAGAACACGAUCAACCAAGUGCUAGAUCGCUACAACCAACCAAUCUCCUUCUACCGCCACGUCGCCGACAUCUUCCAUAGAAUACGCGCAACGCGGUUAGACCCUUCGGAUCCCAACGAGAAAGUCGUCACCGCGGCUUGUUCGCGGACGCAUGCUCCUGACUUAGCGAAUCAGGCCCUCAGACUGCUCCUCGUCCCACCACCCGCCAAUCCCGACGAAUACCCUGGCGCAUUCACGGAACCUACACCUGCCAUCCAAUUUUUCGAUGAACUGGAGAUAUACCCUGGCUCGAAACUGACGCACUUUAGAAAGAUCCACGAGAGGACGGGGAUCGAUUAUUCUGAGAUGCUAUUCUUUGACGAUGAAUGGAGGAAUAAGGAAGUCGAGCAACUCGGCGUUGUUUUCUGCCACGUACCUGCAGGCCUCAAUACCGCAAAAUUCGAAGAGGGGCUGACGGAGUGGAGAAAGCGGACGAGCUCCUCCUAACCACCACGGCAUACACACUAUCUACACGGAAAUGCAGAGAACUAUUGAUGUCACAUCGCGCAGGUUUCUGAAUUCACCCUAAGUACAUU